ACAAAGCAACGGUUCUCUAGAUCUCACUGCCUCAUUAGUCUAAUCUAUUUCUCAUAUUUAACGAACAAAUCUUAAUUUAAUUGACAAAAUCAAAGCCCAUAAUCUCUCCCCUCCUUCUUCCAAAAAUUCAAGCGUUUUUACCAUCAUCUCCAAUGUAGCAGCAGCUGCUGCUGCACUAAGCCACUACAAGGAGCUGCAGCUUUUCAUGGUUUAGCAAGAAGGAAAAAUGGCAGUGUCUUAUUUGAAUCUGACUCCGACGAUUAUUUCUUCCUUUUCUUCUUCUCGUUGCUGUUACUGUUAUUUAUAUCGAAAUCCCGAAGUCAGUUUUAACAGAAAAAGCGAUUGUCCAAAACGCUCUCUGCUUUGUUCAGGUUUUGUUAAAAAAGCUGCUUCCUCCUCCUCCUUUGGAAUUGGAGUAUCUGUUUCUAGGGUUUCGAGAAAGAGUGAUUUCGAAUCCAACAACAGCAAGUGGAUCUUGAAUGCCACUACUGAUUCUCGCAUUCUUGACAAUGCCGCUGCUACAGCCACUGUUGAAAUCCCCGUCACUUGUUAUCAGGUUGUUGGUGUUCCUGAUAAGGCAGAGAAGGAUGAGAUUGUUAAGUCGGUGAUGCAGUUGAAAAAUGCUCAAGUGGAAGAGGGUUAUACCAUGGAUGCUGUUAUGUCUCGGCAGGAUCUUCUAAUGGAUGCAAGGGAUAAGCUUCUUUUUGAACCAGAAUAUGCUGGGAAUGUGAGGGAGAAGAUCCCACCUAAAUCCACUCUGCGAAUCCCAUGGGCUUGGUUGUCUGGUGCCCUUUGCCUGCUUCAAGAGGUUGGGGAAGAAAAGCUGGUGCUGGAUAUUGGUCGAGCAGCUCUCCAGCAUCCAGAUGCUAAGCCAUAUUCUCAUGAUGUGCUUCUAUCCAUGGCAUUGGCAGAGUGUGCAAUUGCGAAGAUUGGUUUUGAGAGGAACAAAGUGUCCCUCGGAUUUGAAGCUCUUGCUCGUGCCCAGUGUCUUCUUAGGUGUAAAAUCUCACUUGGCAAGAUGACAUUACUAUCUCAGAUAGAAGAAUCUCUGGAGGAGCUUGCACCUGCCUGCACAUUGGAAUUAUUAGGCAUGCUGCACUCUCCUGAAAAUGCAGAACGGAGACGAGGAGCGAUUGCUGCCCUGCGUGAAUUGCUGAGGCAGGGCCUUGAUGUGGAAACAUCAUGCAGAGUUCAAGAUUGGCCAUGUUUUCUGAGCCAAGCACUUAACAGACUCAUGGCUACAGAAAUAGUUGACCUCCUUCCUUGGGAUGAUUUAGCCCUUGUGCGCAAGAAUAAGAAAUCACUUGAGUCACAGAAUCAAAGGGUUGUGAUCGAUUACAAUUGUUUCUACAUGGCGAUUUUAGCUCAUAUUGCUCUUGGUUUUUCUAGCAAGCAAACAGAAUUGGUCAACAAAGCAAAAACUAUAUGUGAGUGUUUGAUGGCAUCAGAGAGUAUUGAUCUAAAAUUUGAAGAAGCUCUCUGCUUGUUUCUGCUCGGUCAGGGUAAUCAAGACCAGGCAGUUGAAAAGCUUCAGCAGAUAGAAUCAAAUUCAAAUCCUGCUACAAGGAGUCUGGUCCCAGGAAAGGAGAUUAAAGAUGUCUCUGGUGCAAAACCAUCAUUGGAAACAUGGCUGAAGGAUUCUGUGCUUGCUAUCUUUUCAGAUACUAGAGGCUGCACUCCUUCUUUGGUGAGCUUUUUUGGUGGUGAAAGGAGAGCUAUUGCAAGCAAGAAAAGUAGAAUAGCUGCACAAGUCACUGCUCCUGUAUUCCAUCGACCACUGUCUGACAUUGCAAUGAAACAAAUGGAUGCUGGGGAAACAAUUCCAUAUAUGAACUCUUCUCAACACUUUAGGUCUGCUGUCAAGCAAUUAGCUCCAACUGAUCUGCAAAGCUCAUUGAUAUUGACCAAGAAUGCCAGUGGAAGCAAUGUGAAUGAACCGUCAGUUCAAUUGAAGAGAGAUCUUGGUGUUUACAAUAGAGGAACUUGGGAAAGUUGGUUAGAACGUGGAGAUCUGGUUGGAAAGAUUAGUUUUGUUGGAGUAUUAGGUUGUGUUGUGUUUAUUACCUUUAAACUGUCAGGCAUGAAUGUGGGAAGGAUGAGAAUUGCAUCUAGAUUAACCUCUGAUAGAACUAGUAUGGGCACCAGUACCCUUGCCUGGACAACAGAUUCUUCUCUUGAUCGCAAUGUUCACCCUGUUUAUAUUAGUCAAAGUGGUAUUUUUGGCAGAUUGAGAAAUCUGUUGUCCAUGAUUAAGGUGCAGUUUGGAAACCGAUCAUAUACUAAAAGAUUGCAAGGUUCGAGGCUUGCUGCUAGUAUAUCAUCUUCUAUUGCAACAAUAUCUAGGAAGCAAAUGCCUGUUGAAGAAGCUGAAGCUCUUGUUAAGCAUUGGCAAGCAAUUAAAGCUGAAGCUCUGGGUCCUGGCCACCAAGUUCACAGCCUCUCUGAAGUCCUUGAUGAGUCUAUGCUUGCCCAGUGGCAAGCUUUAGCUGAUGCAGCAAAAGCCCAGUCCUCUUAUUGGAGAUUUGUUUUGCUGCAACUGUCCAUUCUGCAAGCUCAUAUUUUCUCAGAUGGAUAUGGUGUUGAGAUUGCAGAAAUCGAAGCUCUCCUUGAGGAAGCAGCAGAGCUGGUUGAUGAAUCCCUGCAGAAGAACCCAAACUAUUACAGCACCUACAAGAUUCUUUAUGUUCUAAAAAGGCAAGAUGACGGAUCAUGGAGGUUCUGCCAAGGUGAUAUUCAAACAACAUGAUGAUACCUUGAGUCGUGGAAAUUACUAGCUAGCAAGUGAUGGCUUGGAUUGACCUGCUAACGGAGAUGACACAUAUCUUCUCCAUCUUCAACUUCAACUAACGGAGAAGACCAGCAAGAUUGUAAAUGGUUAGGGUGGCAAUGACUUUUCCACAAGAGUGUAGCAAACAAGAUAGAUUCAACGUUGCGAGUGAAUUGGCUGCCUUGGAUGCUUACAUAGUAAAUUUAUUUAUUUAUUUUUUUA